UAAUCUACUCGAGCAGCCACUCCAGUUAGUCGUGGCUCGUACACUGCCCGCGCCGCGCAUUAUGUUGCUCUUCGGUCGACUCGCUUCAACGCGCUACCUUCACAACACAGCUUAAUCUUAUCCCUCAUCGCCAUUGGGCGAUAACUUAUCAUGUGCUGUGACGCAGCUGUACGUUUUAAAAGUCUUAGAAGAUAAGCGACUUUGUGGUGAUUAAAAUUGCACUGUGUGCUAGUGUAGAAUGUGCGCGCGUUGAGUUCUCCAUAAAGAAAAACUUGUUCCCGUUAUUUAGUGGCCGGAGUUCGAAAUGUUCAAGCCGAAGAAGGCGCCGAAAUAUACGCCUCCGCCAGUGCCUUCGGCGCCAGUGGAGGAAUACCAGCAGUCCAAUGGCGUGGACAACAAUAACGGGACACAUAAGUCUCAACUCGUGUUCCACUGCCAACAAGCGCACGGGAGCCCGCUCGGACUUAUUUCUGGAUUUUCUAAUGUUAAGGAACUGUACCAGAAAAUAGCAGAAUGCUACGAUUUUCCACCAGAAGAUAUUCUGUUCUGCACACUGAAUACCCACAAGGUGGACAUGAAGAAGCUGCUUGGUGGACAAAUAGGAUUAGAAGACUUUAUAUUUGCACACAGAAAAGGUCGCCCUAAAGAAAUAGAAAUCGUCAAAACGGAAGAUUCCCUAGGGCUUACAAUCACAGACAAUGGUGCCGGAUAUGCCUUUAUAAAAAGAAUAAAAGACGGUUCGAUAGUAUCAGGAAUUUCACAUAUAAGGGUCGGUGAUCACAUCGAAAAAUUGAAUGGAGCGAAUAUGGUUGGUAAGCGGCACUAUGAAGUAGCAAAGACAUUGAAAGAAAUUCCCAUAGGAACUACAUUCACCAUUAGACUAGUGGAACCAUUGAGGAGUGGUUUCGCAAAUAUAGGACCCCACUCGAGUGGUGCGAGAGCCGGUAGAAAACAAAAUUAUGGCUCUGGAAAAGAAACUUUGAGAUUCAAAGCUAAUGGUCCAGCAACUAUAGAAAACGAGCACGACGACAAAUCCAAGGCUGGAAUAGAGAAAAUUAACGCUCUGCUGGAGUCUUUCAUGGGGAUCAAUGACACGGAUCUAGCGACACAAAUGUGGGACCUCUCAGCAGGCAAGAACAACUCCAUGCAGCUCGCAGAAGCUAUAGACAACAGCGAUCUUCAAGAGUUUGGGUUCACGGACGAAUUCAUCAUCGAAUUAUGGGGAGUGAUCACUGACGCCAGAUCUGGAAGAUUGUAGUUAGAGUGCCGUAAAUUGCUUUAUUAUCGAUAAUGUGCAUUUUUAUAGAUAUUUAAGUUGUAUUUUUAACAUCGUCAAAAUCACAAACGGUAUCCGUUUGUUAUAUACAUUUGCAUUGUAUGUUAAAAAGUUUUAAUGUUUAGAAGAACAUCUUGUUUUAAGUUGUGCUUGAACACACAUCACACACAUUUAAGGAAUGUAACUAUCGUGCAGCGAAACGAUGAGUUAGUUACACUGUGACUAACAGUAGUCCAAAGGUGUGUUAUUUAGAUUUAAAUGUACGCCAUUUUGUCAUCGUUUAAUUUGGCCUACUGUGGUAUCUUACCGUUGAUCGAAACUCGCUAUGAAGCAUUUUCACUUGUUAUCUAUUAAACUACGAAUAUCAGUGUUUAAAAAGUUAAUAAUCUUAUCUAUUUAAUAACAAAUAUUACAGAUACAAUUUUUUAACAAUUAAGUCACCACAAAACAUUUGCCAAUAUUUUUGUAGAAUUAAUUAUGUGAUAUAUUUUGAAACAGUAAUUUAAAACAAAUGUCGAAACUUAUAGUGCAAAAUGCACAAGGUGCUUAAAUUAUAUGUAAAAUUAGAGUUUAGUAUAGUAGCCAAGUUGCCUUAUAAUAAUUAUUUUAGAUAUAUGAAUUAAAUAGUUACUACUCCUAAGAGAAAAAAUUAUUAAAAACUUAAGUAAUUUAAUUAUUUUUUUCAAAAACUUAAAACUCAUGAGUCAAUUGUCAUCAUCAAGAUGAACACAAGACUGUGGUAUAGGUACGUGGUUUGGUAGGUAUUAAAAGUAGAUUAAAAGCUUUUUUAAAGUUACAAGCAUUGGCAAUAACAUUUAGACUGAACAAAAUAUUUUUUCUGUACAAAUGCGUGCAACAGAGUCAAUGUAUCCGGCAAGGUGUAUUUACAUAAAAUAUAGUAUAAUUUGUAAGUGAUCUAAAUCAAAUUUUAUAGUAAUGAAAUAUUAUCUUUUUUUAACAAGCUUGGUUAUACCCUGAAAAACUUCUUUAUAUUAUUUCUCAACUAAUAUAUUAAUCACACACUGUACAUAACAGUCAAGAACACAUCAAGCUUAACACUUUGGGUUUAGGACCGUUUUUAUCAUAAGCGUUAUAGAAUUGAAAUUCAAUCUUAAGUGUCAAGCAUGCCGUGCUGUUGACC